CACCUUGACCCUCUUUGCCUGUGGGGAGGCCCUUGCAGAGCUGAUAGGCUCUUGCUCCAGCUGUCAGCCAGAGAACCAGCAAUCCUCGCCCACCUGCUCAGUCUGCAGGAGGAAUCUCCUCUGUGACUUUUCAGUGACUCAUUUUUUUCCAGCAUCCCACUAGGAUACAAAGACAGUUAUUUCUGAUGCUUGGAAAUUAUCCUUUCAGCCACAAAGAUGGUAAUAAAUCUUUGUCUCCCACAGUUCAGACCAAGAAUUUACUGCAACAAGAUAUCAGCUGAUGGUUAUGAAGUGGAAAAUCUCAUCUCUGAAGACCUCACAAAGAGAAGUCAUGGUUUUAGGACAGAGUAUUUCAUUAAGCCACCAGUCUAUGUGACAGUUUCCUUUCCCUUCAAUGUGGAAAUCUGUAGGAUUAACAUAGACCUCACAGGUGGGGGAGGCCAGAAUGUCACUGGUCUGGAAAUGUACACAUCCGCCUCGUCCAGCAGAACAUCUUGGAGUACCUCUGAGUGCUGGACCCCAAGCCCAGCUGAGCCAUCCAUGCUGGAUAGGGAGGCGUUCACUUUGGUGGGCAGAGUCUUGCUGAAAAACCAGAGCCAAGUUGUGUUUAGCCACAGGGGCUUCAAGGCUAGACCACCUUUUGGCCCAAUGGAAGCCACACUCCCUUCCCCUGCUGUUGUGGCCCAAGAGCUCUGGAAUAAAGGGGCUCUCUCCCUUAACCACGUGGCCCAUCUCAAGAUCUGUAUCACCCACGUGACAGGCAGUGGUAUUCCUUGCAUCAAGCGAUUGGAAGUGUGGGGUCAACCAGCUAAAACCUGCUCUCAGGAGGUGAUAGACAGUGUCCUGCUGGUUGCCUCAGAGAGCCUCCCUCAGGACUUGGCUCUGCAGGCCCCAGGCUUGCCCAUGGAGAGUGACUGUGACCCCAGGGGCCAGUCUGAGGGCCAGCAGGCCCCCGCCAGCCUGCAGGAGCUGGCUGAGGUAAUUCGGGAUGUGCCUGAGGAGUUCCUGGAUCCCAUUACCCUGGAGAUUAUGCCUUGCCCCAUGCUGCUGCCCUCAGGCAAGGUCAUUGACCAGAGCACGCUGGAGAAGUGUAACCGCAGUGAAGCCACGUGGGGCCGAGUGCCCAGCGACCCUUUCACAGGGGUAGCCUUUACCCCACAUUCCCAGCCCCUGCCUCACCCGUCUCUGAAGGCCCGGAUCGACCAUUUCUUGCUCCAGCGCUCCAUCCCUGGCUGCCACCUGCUUGGGAGAGCACAGACUGCAUUGGCAGUGACUCCUUCCUCCAUUGCUCUGCCCUCUCGGAAAAGAAAGAUGGAGCAGGCUGAACGUGCACCAGACAGUAGCCUUGGUAUAAAUGCUUCCUGUUCCUCUACCACAAGCCUUCUGGUCUCACCCACUACCUCAGAACACAUGGCUAAGAAAAUGAGAGCUGCCAGUGAGCUCAGUCUGACACACAUGGACUGCUCAACAGGUCCAGUGUCCCAUGAGCAAAAGCUGUCACAAAGCUUGGAAAUUGCCUUGACAUCAACCCUUGGCUCCAUGCCCUCCUUCACAGCCCGGCUGACCAGGGGACAGCUCCAGCACCUCGGCUCAAGGGGGAGCAGCACUUCCUGGAGGCCAGGCGCGGGCUGCUCGGAGCAGCCUGGGAGCAUCCUGGGCCCCGAGUGCGCCUCCUGCAAAAGAGUGUUUUCUCCCUACUUCAAAAAGGAGCCUGUGUACCAGCUUCCCUGUGGCCACCUCCUGUGCCGGCCCUGCCUGGGUGAGCAGCAGCGCUCCCCACCCAUGAUGUGCACAGCCUGCCAGCAGCCAGUUGCCAGCCAGGAUGUGCUGCGGGUCCACUUCUGAGUGACCAGCCUCAACCCAAGAAGACCCAUCGCUGGGAGGAGCCAAGGGGCAGCACGAAGGAGGUCAUAGCUUCCAGAGGCUGGGCCAGCUCCCAGGCACAUCGGGGCCUCUUCCUGCCCAGGGGCUUUCCCCUUGCCUCCUCCCACAGCGUAGCACAGGGUAGGCUGUAGCGCAGGAGUGAGGGGUGGGGAGGGGCACCCUACUCCUGUUCAAGGGGCAAUAGGAUAACAAAGCCAUAGUUUGGGCUGGGAGGAAUGGGGGAGAUAGCCCUGCCCUCCUGGCCGCCCUGCCCCCCCUGGCAGAGCCAGCCCUACCCUCCUGAGAGCCCCCAAGUGGUCUGCACACUGCCCCCCUCCUGCAGGCUGGCUGCGAGUGGCAUGUGAUAGACUGGCUCUGGAUCUCAAAGAGAGCCUCUGCCUUCAGGGCCACCCAAAAAUGGACCAUGGUGGGGGGUCUCCACAGUGACUGACUCAGCCCCAUUCUGGCAGGUCUCUCAAGCCUUAAUAAAGUGAAGGUUGAGUCUGCUGUGA